UUAUGAUGAAAUAAAAUUUUGAAAAAGUGAAAAGUAGCUAAUAAAGUAUCUACUUAUAUUUCAUUAUUUAAUUUAUAAAAAUACACACAUUUACUUAAUAACUAUUAAAUAAGUUUUUAUUUUUAAUUAUAGCUUUCUUGAUAAAAAUAUAUUUUGAGUUUAUCAAUUAAAGUUCUACUAACAAUUUUAUUCAUAAUUUAAUUACAAUUGAAUAUGUUACUUAGUUAUUGUCCAUAGUUCGUAAAUUUUGUGUGAUUUGCCUAACUCUAAUGGCAGGACGAAUUACUACUGCCUCAGUCAGAGCAGUGUUAGGAACUAAACGAACAACAAAAGCAGCUCUCACCUUGACUCCAUCUGCCAUAAAACAAUUGAAAAAAAUCCUUUCCGUAAAACCUGAAUGUAUUGGCCUUAAAAUAGGAGUAAAACAACGAGGUUGUAAUGGUCUUAGUUACACCCUUGAUUAUGCUGAAGAAAUGCAUAAAUUAGAUGAAGAAGUUGUUCAAGAUGGAGUUCGAGUAUUUAUUGAUAGAAAAGCUCAAUUAACAUUACUUGGCACAGAAAUGGAUUAUAUACAAACAAAAUUAUCAUCAGAGUUUGUAUUUUACAAUCCCAAUAUUAAAGGAACAUGUGGAUGUGGUGAAAGUUUUAAUAUAUGAUUGAAUUUGAUUCAAUUAAUUGGUAAAUGCCAAUAUGUUAAAUGAAACAAAUGUUUUGGGAGUAAAAUUAUUAUAAUAGUCAGUCUAUAAAUUGUAAAAUAAUUAUAUGCUGUAAAUUUUGUAUAGUGACUUUUACAUUGAUAGAAUAUAAUUGUUAUUUAUUGAUUUAUUAACAAAACAUGAGUUUAUUGAUUAUGUA